AUGAUUCGUCGUCGACUAUUACUCGGCCACCCGGCCAGGUUGGGGCUCGCCUGGAAAGCCAAUUCAGCCGAUUUGGUCCUUCCAGCGAGGUCUUAUUUCAGAGGCACCACAGUGUCAAAGCUCCCCCGAGCCUUUUCUACCACUACGUCAUCGCGCCUUCGUGACUUCUUUCCCCAAACAGAGACGAAAUUGAUCCGGAAGACGCCGUCAGCCUGGCCGCACAAGGGAUGGACCGACGAGCAGAUGUUGAGUGUGCAGGUCGGCCACCGCGAGCCGAACAACGUUGGGGACUGGAUCGCCUGGAGGCUGAUUCGGCUUGCGCGCUGGUUCAUGGACAAGGCAACAGGGUUGAGCACCAACCAGCAAGUUGAUAAGAAGAACCCGACGACAGCGGUGCUGGCCGAAAAGCCACUCACUGAGGCUCAGUGGCUCGUGCGAUUUGUCUUCCUAGAGAGUAUCGCUGGAGUCCCAGGUAUGGUGGCAGGCAUGCUUCGUCACCUCCAUAGCCUCCGCCGCAUGAAGCGUGACCAAGGCUGGAUCGAGACCUUGCUCGAGGAGAGCUUCAACGAACGGAUGCACCUGCUGACCUUCUUGAAGAUGUGUGAGCCUGGAUGGUUCAUGAGACUCAUGAUCCUGGGAGCACAGGGCGUCUUCUUCAAUAGCAUGUUCCUAUCGUACCUCGUAUCUCCGCGUAUCUGUCAUCGCUUCGUGGGCUACCUCGAGGAAGAGGCUGUUCACACGUAUACGCGCUGCAUCCGCGAGAUGGAGCUGGGGGCCACUCCUAAGUGGAAUGACCCCAAUUUCCGCAUCCCAGACAUUGCGGUUGAGUAUUGGAACAUACCGGAGGGGAAGCGCACGAUGAAGAACCUUUUGUUGUACAUUCGGGCAGAUGAGGCGGUUCACCGAGGCGUUAACCACACGCUUAGCAACUUGAAUCAAAAAGAGGAUCCCAAUCCGUUUGUCAGCAUCUAUAAAGAUGGAGGCAAGCCUGAGGCGGCUUCGAAGACCGUUGGCUUCGAGCGAUCCGAGGUCAUUUGA